UGGUUGGUCUGCGUUUGUCAAAUAUGUGAUUUGUGUAAAAUAAAACAUUGUGUUGAAAAAAUUAAAAACAAUAAACUAUUCGUCAUCGUAACAUUAUUCUUUUAUAAUUAAAUUAACUACAUUAAGUAUAAUUAGAGUUUAUGCAACAGUGCAAGUUUACAAAACCUGUACAAAAUGAAUUUCUUCAGGAAAGAGCCUACUGUGAAAGAGCAACAGAGACAAAAUGAUCGGGAGUUGCGCAAGGCAGGAAGAGAUUUAGAGAGAGAUAAGUUAGCAUUAGAGAGAGAAGAGAAGAAAUUGGAGAUGGAGAUAAAAAAGAUGGCAAAGGAAGGAAAUAACGAAGGGUGUAAAAUACUAGCAAAGCAACUGGUGCAAAUGAGAAAUCAAAAAACAAGAUUAUAUACAGCAAACAGUAAGAUAUCAAGUGUACAGAUUCACAACAAAGCAAUGGGAGCAAAUAUAGCAAUAGCAGGCGCCAUGGGAACCACCGCUAAGACUAUGGGCAGCAUGAACAAGAUCAUGAAUCCACAGCAAAUUGCCAAGGACAUGGAAGCCUUCAAGCAGGCCAACCUGAAGAUGGACAUGACUGAUGACAUGAUUUCAGAUACACUAGAUGACAUAAUGACUGAGUCUGGUGAUGAAGAGGAAUCUGACGACAUUGUCAACAAAGUGUUGGAUGAAAUUGGCAUUGAAGUUAGUGGAAAGAUGGCAAAUGCCCCUUCCGUCUCACGCAACAAAGUCGGCCAAUCUACGUCUGACAUUGAUAAGGAACUAAUGGCACAAUUGACUAAACUCAAGUCGUAGGGUUAAGCUUAACAUGGCCUUAAUAUAAAAUACAUCGUUAAA